AUGAAGACAGAUAUCUCGCUGUUAAGUUUGGGGUUGUUAACAUUGGUCAGUUUGGUGUCUUCGUUGUCCAUACCUCUGACAAAUGUUCUGACAAAGAAGCCACACACGAGUUGUAUAAGGAGCUGUCGGGAAGUAGUAACCAGGCAUGGAAUUGACGAUUACACUUGUGGAUUCUCGUGCUUGAAAAUCCGCGGGAAAGUGUUGAAGAAACGAAACAAGCGGGACACUAGAUCAUCCAAGAAUAACUACAUACAUAUUACACCUAUCCCUAAAAAGUUCAAAUUUUACGACAUCAACGACGACAAGGGAAUCAGCCUUCCAGAAUUUGCACGAAGUUUAGGUCAUGACCCCAAAACGUUUCACAUCAGGACAGCUUUCAGCGAAGUGGACAAAGACAGUGACGGAAAGAUUGAUAUUAUGGAGUUCCAUGGCGAUGUGCUCGUCUUUGAUGGCGAUGGGAUGUUUGAAGACGAUGAUUACAACGUCGAUGAUUCUGUCAUAUCAAAGAGAGUGCAGUACGAUGAAGAUGACGGGUCCAUGGGACGUGACGACGACAGCGAUGAUAGCAGCGACGACGAUGACGAUAAAGAUGGCAAGAGUGACAGCAGUGAUAGCGACAGUAGUGACAGUAGUGACAGUAGCGAUAGUAGCGACAGCAGUGACAGUAGCGACAGUAGCGACAGUAGUGACGAUUCCAGCAAAGACAGCGAUGACAGCAGUGACGAAGAUGACAACAAGUCAGGUCGGAGAGGAAAAGACGACAGAGACGAUAGUAAAGAUACGGACGAUGGUGUCAACCUGCCAGAAAUUCGCGUAAGAGAUGAAAAGUUCGACGAUACUGCUGAUGACAUAUUGGAUAAUGUUCUGGAUGGUAUUGAUAUGGAUGGUGACGGAGGGGUAGGAGGAAUGAUGGGAGGUACGUCUGACAUGAUUGACGAUUCAGUCAAUGAUUUGGGUGAUGGUAUCAGCGACGUGGUUGAAAAUGUUAACGACGCCUUAGGCGACGCUGUUGAUACCAUGACGGACGGGGCGGGGGAUAUGGUAGAUAAUAUCAACGAUGGAGUCGAAAAUACUAUAGAAGCUGUCAAUGGUAUCAGCGACAUGACCGGAAACAUAGCAGAUGGUGUCAGCGACAUGGCCGGAAAUGUUAGAGAUGCAGUUAGUGACGUAGCAGAAAAUGCGAUAGACACCGUGAAUGAUGUCACAGGAAAUGUUGUAGACACUGUCAGUGACGUAAUGCCUGAUAGUUCAGAUGUAAUGAACACCAUAGUGGCCGCGAACUUGAUCUCUGAGACAGCUCCGCCUUCUAUAAUCCCAAACACUCGUGUAAACCGACCACAGGCAACACUAGCCGGAGCUAACCGCCGACUUGAUAUCCCUCCCGCUCCGGUUCCGGCUAUUGCUGCCCCAGCCGUACCCAGUCUUCCUAAUUCCCCUGGAGUACCCUCAAUGUGGGAAGAUCCCGGUAAAGGAUCUCAAGAUUUUCAGCGAAACAUUGCUAACGUCGUCUCUCGAAGUAAUGGAGGACGGACAUCAGUUGUCCAAACCGCACGAGACGACAGUAUCCAAUGGAGAUUCUAA